UUUAACAAUACGCCACCUAUAUCAACUAACUUUUAGUUUCAAUAGUCCAACUGCUCCAUCUACACACUCACUCACCUACAUAUUUUAUAUAACAACAUUUCAACCUCCAUUUUUUUAAAAUCAAAAACCCUAAACUCUAAAUUUUAAAUUAUGACUCGUCCACUUAGGUUUCUACUAACCACUAAUUCCUCCACUACUUCGCCGCCGUCGAUGGCAACGGCGGAGCCACCGUCAGUCGCGGCAGCAGAAUCCGACUUCGUCGUCAUUCUCGCGGCGUUACUCUGUGCAGUAAUCUGCGUCUCAGGUCUCAUCGUUGUAGCUCGGUGUACUUGGCUCCGGCGAGACUCGCCGGAAAAUGCACAGCCGCCGGUAAAAAUCAAAGGCUUAAAGAAGAAGGCUUUGAAGACUUUACCAAAAUUCAAUUACUCUCCCGGCACCGGUGGUACCGACGGCGACGGUGACGGGGACGGCGAGUGUGCAAUUUGUCUUGUGGAAUAUGUUGAAGGAGAUGAAAUUCGAGUGUUGCCAAAUUGUGGCCAUCGGUUCCACGUAUUGUGUGUCGACACGUGGCUUUUAUCGAACUCGUCAUGUCCGUCGUGUCGACGGACACUCGUCGUUGCUCGUGCUCGGUGCCGGAAGUGCGGCGAAGUUCCGGCAAUCUCCGGCGAGUCUUCUGGCGGAUGUCCGGUUACACCGCCGGCGUAGUCUUAAUUUCCGGAAAGAGUUGCCGGAGCAUCAUCGGAACAGAAAAAGUAGCCGGAGAAUCGUCGGAACUGUAAGUGGGGCCCACCAAUGAGGUAGAGGAGAUAAGGAUGAAGAUGCUUUUCUUGUGAUUAUGAUUAUGAUGGGAGUGCAUAGAAAGUGACAAAAAUGAAAUUAUAGCUAUUUGGAGGGAACGAAAAAGUUAAAGAGUUUUUUCUAAUGGUAUUUUAUAUUAUCUAAAAUUUAAUAAUUUGAAUUAGCGUAGGGUAUAUGAUGAUAAAAAAAAUUAAAAUUUUUAAUACCCUGAGCAUUUUCAUUCUUAAAGUUCGAAUGCUAACAAUUUCAAUUUAUAUAAAUAAUUUUUGUUCA